CCCUCCCUCUUCAUUGUAUCAAUCAUCCGACCAAAGUCAUUAGGACUGCAUCAUUGGUAUUCAAUUCUAACUCCGAAAAAGUCUCGACCAUGGCCAUCCACAAGCUUUUAAUUGCUUCCCUUUUAAUCUCAGUUCUUCUUCUUCAACUCGCCGAAGCUGACCAGAUGGGAGUUGGAAAUGCAGGAGACAACUCGAAGCUUCCGAAAAUGGGCUGCGGCGGAGCGUGUGUCGCCAGGUGUCAGCUGUCAUCGAGGCCUCGCCUUUGCCAGAGGGCUUGCGGGACAUGCUGUGCCCGUUGCAACUGCGUCCCUCCGGGCACCUCCAGCAACCUCGACGUCUGUCCGUGCUAUGCCAACAUGACCACCCGCGACAACAAGCACAAGUGCCCAUGAGAUGCUCGAUGGGCUUGGUUUUCUUUCCAAUGGUCGGACAUCGAUCGCUCAAGCUUGUUGCUGCUAAUUUAAGGGACGCUGUUGUCGUACUAAUAUCAUGGAGCUGGUCAAGAAGUGGUUUGCAAAUGCAAAUUCACAAUGUGUUUAGCAAUUUAUCUGUCGUAUCUAUCAUGAAUAAAGUUUCCGUUUAUCUUUCUUUCUA